AUGGACGAGGCUUUGCGAGACCGCGUGGUCCUCGGGCUCAGGGACCCCAUCCUCCAGAGCUGGCUGAUGGCAAGGGCGGACAUCUCAGUCACCGAGGCCAUCGCCGAAGCAACUGCAGCCGAAGCCACCAAGCAGUCCGCGGCCCGAAUGCGGCAGAUGAACGCAGCAGACCGACCCACAACCGUGGAAACGGCAUCAACCCCGGAAGGACGUCCGGAGGCCAGCCACAAGGCCACCACCACACACCACGGGGACCUCGACUCCUUCUCUGAGACCGAGGAUGAGGAGAUCCACCGACUGCAGGUGGAACGAGACCGGCGGGAACGGCGAGGCCCCUUUGAAUGUCCUGAUUGUGGGAAAAGUUUCAGUCAGAAUAUCCACCUGGUGAUACACCAAAGGAGUCACAGAGGAGAGAAGCCCUUUGAAUGUCCCAAUUGUGGGGGGAAAUUCAGUCAGAAUUCCAAACUGGUGAAACACCAGAGGAUUCUCAUAAGAGAGAAACCAUACCAAUGUCCAGAUUAUGGGAAAAAAAUCAGUUGGAAUUCUGAUCUACUGAUACACCAGAGGACUUAUACAGGAGUGAAGCCAUACGAGUGUCCAGAGUGUGGAAUAAGUUUCACUUACUGUUCUGACCUAGUGAAACACCAGAGGACUCACACAGGAGAGAAACCAUAUGAAUGUUCAGAUUGUGGGAAAAGUUUCAGUCGGAAUUCCAACCUGGUGAUACACCAGAGGACUCACACAGGAGAGAAACCCUUUGAAUGUCUGGUUUGUGCAAAAAGUUUUUGUCAAAAUUCCCACCUGGUGGUACACCAGAGGAUGCACACAGGAAAGAAAUCAUAUAACUGUCCUGAUUGUGGGAAAAGUUUCAUUGCAAAUUCCCACCUGGUGAUCCAUCAGAGGACUCACACAGGAGAGAAACCCUUUGAAUGUCCUGAUUGUGGGAAAGGUUUCAGUCAGAAUUCUAGCCUGGUGAUUCACCAGAGGACUCACACAGGAGAGAAACCCUUUGAAUGUUCUGAUUGUGGCAAACGUUUCAGUUGGAAUUCCAAUUUGGUGAAACACCAGAGGACUCACACAGGAGAAAAACCCUUUGAAUGUCCUGAUUGUGGGAAAAGUUUCAGUCAGAAUUCUGACCUGGUGAACCAUCAGAGGACUCACACAGGAGAGAAACCCUUUGAAUGUCUUGAUUGUGGCAGAAGUUUCAGUCAGAAUUCUAACCUGGCAACACACCAGAGGACUCACACAGGAGAGAAACCCUUUGAAUGUCCUGAUUGUGGCAAACGUUUCAGUCAGAAUUCCAAUCUGAUGACACACCAAAGGACUCACACAGGAGAGAAACCCUUUGAAUGUUCUGACUGUGGGAAACAUUUCAGUCAGAAUUCCAGCCUGGUGAUACACCAGAGGACUCACACUGGAGAGAAACCAUACGAAUGUCCGGAUUGUGGGAAAGAUUUCAGUAGUAGGUCUAGCCUUAUAAGUCAUGUAGUUUUGCAUACAGGGGAAAAGCCUUUCAGAUGUUCGGUUUGUGGACGGUACUUCAGACGGAAAUCAUCCUUUAUUGCACACAAGGUAAUCCAUAUGAGGCAAACGCUGGCAGGUUUAGAGAAGGCUUGAAUUUCAUUUCUGAUUUCCCAUUGGAAGUGUCAGUGAGAAACUGACAAUUUGAAUUGCGUCUUGAUUCGUUUUAGUCAGCAUCUCUCAGGAUUAUAUUUUUUGGUGGAGGGAAAAAAUGGAAAAUAUUAGUUUGAUAAAGGGUAACUACUUUUGUGUUUGUCAACAGAGGUUACUGGAUAUUUCCUUUUACAAAAUUUGUGGAAUUUCUCAAAACGGCUUUUGGAUGGUGUUUUUUGUAUAUUGAUUAUUGAAAUCCUAAAUAGGACACUGGCUACCUCAGAGUUGGGGGAAACUCUUGCAGGGCUAGCUCAAGCCCAGGCUUGCUCCCCCAAGCAUCGCUAGGCCUCCCAACACCCCAAGACACCUAUUGAUUCCCAACCCUUGGUUCCUCCUCUCCCAGGGCUUUUUCUCCCUUACAGGGUCCCACCAGACUUUUCCUUCCACCCACAGGCCUUCCCCACAGAAUACCCUCAGGCUUUUCCCAAUCCCACUGGCUCCCUGAGGACCUUAGGCCAUUCCUAACAAAUGGAGCACCCACAAUUUCUGGA